CCGCCCCCGUUGAGAAACACUAGACGUUUAGAUGGCACAUGGUACCCAUAGUACACCUGUUUUUAUUGGAAUAUUGCCUCCAUCAAUUCCAAGUUUCAUUUCUCUGGAAAACGGGCAUGGGGAUCGGUAGCCGCUUUCAGUUUCGUUUCCCAGCGCACCAACCAACGUAGCCUAUAAUAAUCCACACUUCACUCAUACGUCUAGCAGAGGAGAGGAGUAAUUGUGGGACAACGCAGCAUACCCGAGUCGGUCUGAGUUCUGGUGACUACAAAAUGGGUCUUUUGACAGCUCUAGCAGCAGGUGCACUGGGAGCAACGGGUGCUGUGGUUGCAGCACCUGUCGUCUUGACCGCAGUAGGCUUCACUGCAGGGGGCAUCGCUGCAGGGUCCAUCGCAUCCGGCAUGAUGUCAACCGCAGCAUUGGCUAACGGAGGAGGGGUGGUAGCUGGCAGUUUGGUAGCUCUCCUGCAGUCUGCAGGUGUGGUUGGUCUGUCUACAGCAGCUACAGGUGCAGUUGCCACUGGUGGGGGACUUGGAGCUGCGGGACUGGCUGCUAUCCUCAUCUAGAGAAGCCACAUGUGGUUGCAGACAAAUCAUCAGAAGUACUAUGUCUUGUCAAUUAAAGGUUGUGAAGCCAAAAUUAAGGAAUAUAAACAUGAAGGACAAUUUGGAAUUUUAUGUCAUUGCUAAAAUAAAAUUUGAUAAUUUUGCCAGAAAAGCCUGACUGACAAAUAUAUAUCACUCAGUAGCUGCAUACUCUAGUAGGUCUAUGUUGUGAAAUUAGGCUAUGUUAUAAUCACUUCCAGACUUACCUUUUUAGGACUAUUAUGGUAUGUGUGUGUGUGUGUCUGUGUCUGUGUCUGUGUGUGUGUGUGUGUGUGUGUGUGUGUGUGUGUCUGUGUCUGUGUCUGUGUGUGUGCACUUUCUGAACCAUAGGCGCUGUGCGGCAGCCUCCACAGCUGCUGAGUGAAUAUUUAUGUAUGUGCCUGCGUAUUUAAAAGCACUUUGAGUCAACUUCAUAGUUGUGAUAUUGUGCUAUAUAAAUACAUAUUGCAUUGUGUUGUAUUGUAUUGUAUUUUAUACAUAUUUAUAUCAAACUACUGAAUUGGGACAGAAAAAAUACAGAUCAUAUUUUGCUUGUUCUUUUACAAA